AUGAUGGAGGAAUUUCAUAAGUUAUAUGAAUCCACAAGUAUGAUAACUAAUCCCUCUAAAUUUAAAGUAUACUUUGGCGGUGUUAAUGAUGUAACUCAGCAGAGAAUCCUGGAUACAACACACUUCUUUAUAGGAGAUUUACCAUUAAAGCACCUUGGUGUUCCAUUGUCGAGUAGGAAGUUGAAUGUGCAUCACUAUAGACCUCUAAUUGUGAAAGUUACCCAUAAAAUUGAAGUUAUUUGUAGGAAUUUCCUUUGGAGUGGUACAGAGAAAGGUAGUAAAAAGGCCCAUGUGGAUUGGGACACUAUUUGCAAUCCUAAAAAUGCAGGAGUUGAAAUGUACAAGGCUAUUAGAGGAGAUAAACCAAAGUUAGAAUGGGACGAGAUCUUAUUGGAUAAUUAUGCCAAACCGUGUGCUAUUUUUCUCUUUGGGGUGAAACAAACUUGGUGGAAGCAGAUUCUUGAAUUAGUUAGAUACAAAAAACAACAUGUGGAUUUGACCAAUGAGAAAGAAUGUGUGAGGAAUGAAACCAAGAAGAAAGGCGGGAAAAGAAUUAUGUUGAAGUUGGCCAUGGCAGAAACGGUUUAUGGUAUUUGGAGGAAAAGUAAUGAUAUUAUUUUCUCACAGAAAUGCGGAGACAAUAAUGUAAUAGAGAAUGUCAUAGAUAUCAUUAUUUGUAGAUGCAAUAUGCAUCCAAAUUUGAAAAGUAGGAUAACAAUUUUGAUAACUCUUGUGUAA